GCAUCUGGAGCCUCCUCCGACCGGACCCUCCUGCCAGCCCAUCUGCCCAUUGCUCGAGCGGGAAGACUAAGGCCAGCCGGCCAUGCAGCUGUGGUGGUUCGCGCUCCUGGCCAGCGGGCUUCCCUGGCUGCCCGCAGCCGCCCAGGACUCCUGUGCCGGCCACUGUGGCCUGGCCAGGGCCAACUGCUCGUGCCACGUGACGUGCCCAUCCCUGAAGACCUGCUGCCCCGACUACGGGCAGUUCUGCCCCGAGAUCCUGCCCUACUCGGGCUCCGUGAUGGGCGGCAAGGACUUCGUGCUGCUGGGCGCCGAGCCCUGGCUGCCCGCCGCCUCGGUGCCGUCCGUGCUGUGCCGGUUCCGACAGAGCAUCCACACGCGGGGCCGAGUGGACGAGCAGGGCCGGAUCCACUGUGUGUCCCCCCUCCUGUACGAGAGCGGCUGGAUCCCCUUCAGCGUGUCCCUGGACGGCGGCAGCACCUUCCCCAGCUCUGGGAGCUGGCUGGCAGUCCAUCCAAGUAAAGUGUCCCCCGCUGAGAAGAACGUGCUGGUCAAUGAGACCAAGUGGCAGUAUUACGGGACCCCUGGGGUCUCAGGGCCCCUCACCAUUACCUGGAACAGCCACCUGUUGCCUGAAGCCAAAGUCAACAUCGAGCUGUGGGGCUACCGAGAGACCGGCACGCCCUACUCUGACGAGUGGAAGGCCGAGUGGUCAUACCUAUACACCCUGGUCAAGGGCCUCCCCAACGACGGCAACUUCACCUUCAUCCCAAAGCCGGCCGAGCCCCAGUAUCAGAGCUGGGAGGUGGGAUCCCUGCGGGUCACCGGGAGCAGCCACGCCGAUGGACAGAGGGACGUGCCCGCGGUGUGGAGCCACGAGCACGCGCUGGCCUGGCACCUGGGCGAGGACUUCCGCCGGGAUUCGGCCGCCUGGGCCUCCGCCAAGUGCCUGGCCUGGGCGUCACUGGACAAGAAGCUGCCCAACUUCCUGGAGGAGAUCGAGGACUGUCCCUGUACCCUGGCGCAGGCGCGUGCUGACACCGGGAGGUUCUUCGCUGAUUAUGGCUGUGACAUAGAGCAGAACAGCGUGUGCACCUACCACCGUGAGGCCGUGCACUGUGUGCGGGCCGUCCAGGCCAG